AUGCCUCUCACCCGAGACCCUUUCCAGAAUCCUACGUUGGAAAACGAUGAUUCCUACUUGGGAAAACUGCGGGCUUCCGAGAUACCGAAGGAUGAUCUGGAUUUCCGAUUAGCAGCCUUGUACAACCACCACACAGGGACGUUCAAGAGCAAAAGUGAGACACUGAUACACCAGGAGACCAUUCAGGAUGCCCACGGAAUCAAGAUCCAAUUCUCUGGAGAAUUUUUAUCCCCUCCCCAGCCACCCGCCAUCACUUCCCGAGCUAACAUUAGACACUGGAUCAACCCUAAGAAGGAGUCUAUUCACAGCAUCCAGGGAUCCAUAGUGUCCCCUCACACUGCAGCCAGCAAUGGAGGGUAUUCCCGAAAGAAUGAUGGUGGCUUCUUCUCCACCUAAGUGUUGACGGGCCCCUGGACUAAUUAAUCAUAGUGGAACAUCCUGCCGCCCACCUCCAUGAAAUAGAUUUGUGUAAGAUGAAGCCUGGAGUAUCUGUUACCCAUGGACUACCAGUUGCCACAUGACUACUCUUAAAAUAUGGAAGUUUCUCAACUUCUAGAAACUAAUCCUGGUGGGCAUAUUUGCAACUCGGAAAGUCAUCUUGCUGAAAAGAUACGGAUAUUAGGACAGAAUAGCACUGUUUUUAGCAGGAGACAGGUAUUCACGUUUUGUGAACUGGAGUCAUUCCAACCAUAUCCAUUCAACAU